AAAAAUCGAUUAAUUUCAUUGGAGGGCAUCACUGUGUUUGAAGAGAGAGAAACGAAUAGAGAGAGAGAGAGAGAAAAACACAGAGCACAGCACUCCUCAGCUCCGAAAUUGGAGUGGGGAGAAAAUUUGUAUGCGUUGGAUUUUGUAGAUCUGAACAAGGAAACAGUGUGCCUUUCCAUGAGGCUCGAGUUUUUUCCUGGGAACUCACCUGAAGAAAGAAAUCGAGAGGCUUUAGAUAAAUGACAAAUGUAUCAUUCAAAGAAUGUUCCUAGUGCAAGUUUAGUUGGAGGUAAUUCAUUAGUUCAUGGUCAGCACAUAGAUUGUGGUGGCAGCGCAAUGGAUCCUGGCAAUGGAGGAAACAAUCAUAGCAACAACUCUAAUCUUACCUCAAAACAACGUCUACGGUGGACACAUGAAUUACACGAGCGCUUCGUUGAUGCUGUGGCUCAACUUGGUGGGCCAGAUCGUGCCACACCCAAAGGUGUCCUUAGAGUUAUGGGUGUACAAGGAUUGACCAUUUACCAUGUCAAAAGCCAUUUACAGAAGUACCGACUAGCAAAAUAUUUACCGGAUUCCUCAUCUGAUGAAGGGAAAAAGGCUGACAAGAAAGAAACUGGGGAUGUGCUUUCCAAUCUCGAUGGUUCAUCUGGGAUGCAGAUUACUGAAGCACUAAAGCUUCAAAUGGAGGUCCAGAAGCGACUACAUGAACAAUUGGAGGUGCAGAGACAGCUACAAUUACGGAUAGAAGCCCAGGGUAAAUACCUGAAAAAGAUAAUCGAAGAACAACAGCGGCUCAGUGGGGUUCUUUCAGAGGCACCUGACACUGAGGUUGUGGCUGUGGUUCCGGGGGACGUGUGCCAAGAACCGGAUAAUAAGACCGACCCGUCUACCCCCGACCCAGAAAAGGCUGCCAAAGACCGUGUCCCAGCAAAGAGUCUUUCCAUGGAAUCUUUUUCAUCACACCAUGAACCAUUGACUCCAGAUUCUGGUUGCCAUAUUGGUUCCCCUGCUGACAGCCCUAAAGGGGAGAGAUCAACCAAGAAGCAACGGCUAAACAUGGACGGAUCGUAUUCAAAGCCAGACAUGGUGCUUCCACUUCAGAUACUGGAGUCAAGCAUGUCACAAUACCAACAUCCUAGCACUGUUUUUCUUGGCCAAGAGCAAUUUGAUCCUUCAUUGGGUAUGGCUACCAGAAGUGGUGAGGAAUUGGAUAAGGUUGGUGGCAGUAAUCUGUGAUUUGGUGUAAUGUGUAGGUUGUGUUCUAGGACUCAUUCUAUCUUCCUUCUAAGCUUAGUUUCUGUUUUAUAUGUAUUUCUUAAUAGACGAGAGGAUCUGAUCAUCAUAGAUUUCCAAGGUUCUUAGUUUUCAGUUCAAAUGUUCAGUACUUGACUAA